AUGUGGAACUGCCGCGUCUGCAGCAGCACGCCCUUCGCUUCACUCUUCGGUUUCGGCUCCAGUGCGGAAGACGACAAGAAAAAGAAGAAGAAGAAGGGAAGCUCGACCGGAACGGAUGCGAGCUACUCGACUUCUGAGAAUGAAAGUGUCUACACAGACCGCUACACGAGUCAGGAAACCUUCGAGCCACGUAGCCCAGAAGAGAUCGCAACGUUGUGCAGGGCUUGGGAGUACUACGUGCAUCCCCGGGCGAAGGAGUUCUGGCAGACAUCCGAGGCUCGCAUGGAAAUCUUGAAGAAGAUCGCUGGCGGCGUCCACCGCGACUACGACCCAGUUCUGGGUGACGAUCGCCAGUGCGUCAUUUGGUACGGAGACCUCAGCGAAGACGACCAUCUUCCUGUCAUUCGAAUGGUGAAGCCUGGCGAGUCUCAGGAGUCUCAGACGUACGUCAAUCGCACGCUGGUCUUCCUCUACGCAGACGAGGAGAGCUUCAACGAGCUGCAGGAGAAGCCCAAAAAAGCGUUUACGAUGGCGUGCGGGAAUCCGAUGUGCGUCAAUCUCACACAUAUCGCGUUGGACGAGUAA